CCGAAAAUCACAUUUUGCACCUUUACAUUUGACCUGAAUUUGCAUCUCCAUCAUGGUUCUUUCCUUUGUUUACCGUUUGAUCUCUCGUUUGAUAGCUGCGAUCAUGGCUCUUUUUCAAUUUAAAACUGAGGAACAAGCAGUCUCUUUGAAACUUCUGGUAAACACAGAGACUAACAAAGUUGUAUUUGCUGAAGCAGAUAAAGAUUUUGUGGAUAUUCUGUGCAGCUUCUUAACAUUACCAUUAGGUACCAUUGCAAGACUUGUUCAGAAAGACUCGGAUAUAGGCCCCAUUAGUAUUACAAUUGGUUGUCUCAACUCUCUCUAUCAAAGUGUGCAAAAUCUUGGCUUCUUGAUUAAUUAUAACUCAUCUGAAGAUUAUUGCAACACUCUCAAAAUUAACAUUGAUGACACUUACCCCACAAAGUACUAUGUAUGUGCCGAGUUUCGUGACUUAUACUAUCCAUAUUAUGACUUAAGUAUAGGUAACAAAAAACAUUAUUGUUGCUCGGGGCAUCCUUUGUCCCGUUCCGUUUCUCUGUCACAUUUUUGCUAUGGAUUUGUGAAGGAUGCUACAAGUUUUGUUAUUAGUGAUGAUUUAAUUGUGUCGCCGCACUCCAUGGAUCACACAAUCUUUGAUCUCACCAAGAGCUAUGGAGUAAAAAACACAAGCUCGGUUAAAGAAAUGACUGUCCAUGUCACUAAGGAAAAGGUACUGGAUCUGUUAAAGUGUUCAUUGUUUUCCAAGACACCUCUAACUGAUGUGUUUUUAGGAAUGAAACCACUUAUUGACAGAUCAAGGAUUUUCUCUUGUGAUGUUAAAGACGUUAUCAGUGAUGAUAUUCAUAUCACCGCGAAGCUGGUGGUAAGAAAAUCAGAUGAUGUUAUAUUGUAUGCUCAAGGGGGACAAGAUUUUGCAAACUUAAUUAUUCGGUUUCUAACAUUUUCGUUGGGCGGAGUUUUACGCAAGUUAGAAGGGAAUGAUUCUUUGGGUGGUAUUGAUGGAUUGUGCAAGAGUAUAGCUGAUUUAAAUGAAGACAAGUAUUUCAUGUCCAAAGAAGCAAAGAAAAGGCUUCUGGAGCUAAAUGUUAUGCAUUAUUAUUGUACUUUUCUACGGGAUACUCCCAAUCAAAGAAAAACUAAGGUCACACUUCACAAGAGUAAGGAACUUUUGGAUUAUGGGGAAAAUAUAAGAAAAAUGAUAUUGGCUAAUGAAACCUCUACCAUACCGCCUAUGGGACGUCGAUUUCGUGUCAAGGUACCAGAAAUGUAUAUGGUUACGGAUGAUCUGGUCGUAGAACCGAUGAUGUCUCCAAUUUCAUCUGUGUAUUUACUUAACCGUUUCAAAACUUCUCUUGAUGAUUUGGAGGAAAAAGUUAUCACCAUUGGCCUAAAAGAGAGUCUGAGCAUAUUUAAGGAAGCUUUAAACUCAACAUCUGCACUCACAAAUGGUCUCCGUCAACUGUUAACCGAAGCUAAGAAGGAGAAAUAAGAAAGAUGAACAUUGUUUUGUAAGAUAUAUAUGUCAGAUCAAAAUUUGUAACCGAAAACAGCAUUGUACCUUUAUAUUUUGCGUUUAUUUCAGCUCAUGCAUUAAUGUCUUA